GAGGGGCCGGGCGGGCCGCCUCUGGCCGAGCAGCCGGGAGGCGCGAGGCGGCGGCGGCUGAAGGUCCCCCCCUCCCGCGCCCGCUCUCUGCUUCGCUCUAGGACCGGCGGCGGCGGCGGCGGCGGCGGCUCCCUGCCGGCCAUGGUGGGCUUCGGGCUGCAGCUGGGCUGCGCCGAGGGCCACAGCGCCCUGCUGCAGCUGCAGGAGGCCGAGCUGCGGCUGCUGGAGGGGCUGCGCAAGUGGAUGGGGCAGCGCGCCAAGAGCGACCGGGAGUACGCGGCCCAGCUGCACCAGAUGCACUGCCUGGCCGAGAAGCACGAGGGCGGCGGCCAGCCCGGCGGCCAGAUCAGCCAGUGCUGGUGGUCGCUGGUGACCCAGACGGAGGCCUUGAGCCAGGUCCUGCAGCGCCACGCCGAAGCCCUGGUCGCUGGGCCCCUGCAGAAGCUGGGACUGCUCAUCCGCGACAAGCAGCAGCUGCGCCGGAGCUACCAAGAGCAGUGGCAGCAGAUGAGCCAGGACUUCACCCGGGCCACCCAGCAGGAGCCGGAGCGCCUGAGGGCCCAGUACCGCACCCACGUCCGGGAGAGCACCCAGGCCAAGCGCAAGUACCAGGAGGCCAACAAAGAAAAGGAGCGCGAGAAGGCCAAGGACAGGUACGUCCGGAGCCUGUGGAAACUCUACUCCCUGCACAACCAGUACGUCUUGGCCCUGAAGGCUGCUGAGGUGCACCAUGGCCACCAUUACCAGCAGACCCUCCCCGGGCUCCUCCAGUCCCUCUACGGCCUGCACCAGGAGAUGGCUACUAUCGCCAAGGAGACCCUGCAGGACUAUGCCGGCAUCACCAGCCUGGUCCAGGAGGAGAUGGCCUCCGUGCACCAGGCCAUGAGCAGGGCCAUCGAGCGCCUCCAGCCGGCCCUGGAGUACAAGGGCUUCCUUCCGCCGUGCAGGUGUGGGAGCGCACCUCCAGCACCGGUGACCUUCGACGAGAGCCUGCUGGAGGAGAUGGAGACGGAAGGCCUUGAAGCCGGGGAGCUGCAGCUGAACGAGCUGACCCUGGAGAGCAUGCAGCACACCCUGACCGCACUGGAGGAGGAGCUGGCUGGGGCCACGGAGAGCACGGAGGGCCACAGGCAGCGGGUCCAGGCUCUGAAGGAGGAGCUGCAGAGCGGAGAGCAGGCUGGCGGCCCCGGAGAGCGCCUCCUCCUCCUGGGGAAGCGCCAGGGCCUGCACGAAGCGCUGCACCUCUGCCAGCUGGCCCAGGGGGCUCAGGACAAGCUGCAGGCCCAGCGGGACCUUCUGCAGCACAAGCUGGACGGACUGGGCUCCAGGGACCCCCCACCUGCCCCACCCUUGCAGUUCGACAGUCAGUCACUCUCCUCUGGGGAGCAGGAGCAGCGUGAGGGAGCCCGGCUGCCGGCCUUGGAGGCCCUGAAGCACCACAUCACCGGCAUCUUCCGGCCACGUCUCGUGCUGCCGCCGCCCCCGGUGCCCCUCCUGCCCGAGGUGCAGAAGCCCCUGGGCCAGCAGGCCUGGUACCACGGAGCCAUCCCCCGCCUGGAGGUGCAGCGGCUGCUGCAGGCCAGCGGAGACUUCCUGGUGCGGGAGAGCCACGGCAAGCAGGAGUACGUCCUGUCGGUGCUGUGGGACGGGCAGCCGCGGCACUUCAUCCUGCAAGCCACUGACAACCUGUACCGGCUGGAGGGCGAAGCCUUCCCCACCAUCCCGCUGCUCAUCGAGCACUUCCUGAAGGCCAAGCAGCCCCUCACCAAGAAGAGCGGUGUCCUCCUGCUGCAGGCCGUCGUCAAGGACAAGUGGGUGCUGGACCAUGAGGACGUGCUGCUGGGAGAGCGCAUCGGGCAGGGCAACUUUGGGGAGGUGUUCAGUGGGCGUCUGCGCUGCGAUAACAUGCCGGUGGCCAUCAAGUCCUGCCGCGAAACUCUCCCGCUGGAGCUCAAGGCCCGGUUCCUGCAGGAGGCCAGGAUCCUCAAGCAGUACGAUCACCCCAACAUUGUCCGGCUCAUUGGCGUCUGCACCCAGAAGCACCCGAUUUACAUUGUCAUGGAGCUGGUCCAGGGGGGGGACUUCUUGACCUUCCUGCGGAACGAGGGGAUCCGGCUCAAGGCCAAGGAGCUGCUCAAGAUGAUGGAAGAUGCCGCGGCAGGGAUGGAGUACCUGGAGAGCAAGCGCUGCAUCCACCGGGACUUGGCGGCACGGAACUGCCUGGUGACCGAGAAGAAUGCUCUGAAGAUCAGCGACUUUGGCAUGUCCCGGGAGCGCGAGGACGGCGUGUAUUCCUCCUCCAGCGGAGGCAUGAAGCAGAUCCCGGUGAAGUGGACAGCCCCAGAGGCCCUCAACUAUGGCCGGUACUCCUCGGAAAGUGACGUCUGGAGCUUUGGCGUUCUGCUCUGGGAGGCCUUCAGCCUGGGGGCCACGCCGUACCCCACCAUGAACAACCAGCAGACCCGUGAGGCUGUGGAGAGAGGGAUGCGGCUGAAUGCCCCAGAGCAGUGCCCCGAGGGGGUGUACCGGCUCAUGCUGAGGUGCUGGGAAUAUGAGCCCCAGGAGCGGCCAAACUUCAGCACCCUCCACCAAGAGCUGGUCGCCAUUCAGAAGAGGCAGCGGAGAGACCUCUGAGCUCUGGACGGCAGCCGGCAGCAGGGCGGGGGGGGGGCUGCUGCUGGGCCCUGCCCCUCCCAACCUCGCCCUCGGCUCUCGUGCUGCUGCUGCUGCUGCUGCUGCUGCUUCCUCCUCCUGGAUUGGCCCACCUUGGCCCAGGCCGGCUGCGGAAGAAGAAGCCGCCUGCCUGCCUGCCUGCCUGCCUGCCUGCGCGUUGCUGUCUGGAGGGGAGGCCACACGGCAGAGGCCCCAGCGUCACGUGUAGGGGCUCCCUUUCCCCGCCCAGGGCCUGGCUCCAAGCAAAGGGAGCCUUUCUCAAGGGCAGCACAUUGGAGCUUUGGCGCGUCCCAAGGCAGGAGGGGCAGCAGGAGCGAGGGAGCCCCAAAGGCCUCUGAGGCCCGUUCUUGCCCCGCAGUGCUGGGGGGGGGGCGCUAGCUUGGUUCCUUCCUCCCCCCUCCCCGACCUCCUGCUCUUUUGUUGCUGUUUUUUCUUUCUUUGGGGGGAGCUUUUAAUUUGAUUGUGUUGUACAUUGGCUUGGGGUGGCCGUGAAGGCUGGAAGGGCAGCAUAUCGUCGAUACUUUAAUAAAAAGCAGCACUUCUUUUAUUUAGAAGAGUGCAAAGCAA